CUGGACUGUUACUCCUUCCUCAGCCACCAGGGGACCCUCCAUUCCGAAACAGCUGGAGACAGCGCCACCCCUUGAAUCCGGUCCUGGGGAGGGGAAUCCCGUUCUCCGCGCCCCGCCCUUCCCACCGCCAGCCAGCCCCACGUCAUUUGCAGCAUCGAUCGCGCUAUUCCUGCCCCUUCCUCUAUCAGGAAAGAACCGAGCGGCCUGGCAUCCGUCGGCGAGUAUAUACGGGGUCCUCCCCUCGUCCUUCCCCCCACCCUCCAUCCCCCCCCCUCCAGGUUAUGGGGAAGGGAAAAGACCAGAGCCAGAUUCCCACGUGAAUUCCCCCGCAGCCCCCAGCUGCAGUUCUGGUCUGGGGCAUUUUCCCCGCAGGUCGCUUGUUGGAGAAGCAAGGAUCAAGGCGCUGAGAUUGCCAGCAUCGGGGACGCUUCCCGGCCGGGGGCUGAGAUCAGAAAAGGGGCGAGAAUGGCCUGCACGCACGCUUGAGUAAACAAACAAGCAAACAAACAAAAACAAACAAACAAACAAACAAUAAUGGCAGUAAAGAGGUAUUAAAAAUUAAGUAUAAAUAAAUAAAAUAAGUAAAGUUAAGUGUAAAUCAGUAUAAAUAAAUAAAUAAGCAAAUAAAUAUGUAUAAAUAAAUAAGUAUAAAUAAAUAAGCUAAGUAUAAAUCAGUAUAAAUAAUAAAUAAAUAAGCAAAUAAGUAAGUAAGUAGGUAAGUAAGCAGGCGUUGGAAAAGUUCCCCCCCUCCCCUCCCCAAGUUGGCAGCGCACAGCUUCCACGUUGCAAUCCCCGAGUUGCAAACGUGCUGGGCGGUUUGAACCCAGUGCACCUACCCACCCACCCACCCAUGGAAACACACGUAUAAACACGCGCGCGCGCUCACACACACACAUACGAUUAUCUCCGAAUCCUGGGACUUGUAACACCUGCCCUUGGGAAGCAAGCGUGACUCUCAACAGGUGGAGCUGAGCUCCCCUGCACCUUUCAGGUCGAGCAGCCGGAGACCACUCCCCGAGCUGCUACGCCCCCACCCCACCCCGCUUUGCUGCAAAAGGCAGCGGGGCCAAAGCCAGUGGCCCGGGAAGGUGUGGGGUGGCUGGCUGGCUGGCUGGCUGGCUGAGGGUAUCGUUCAGCGGGGACAAAAGUCCACCGCAGGAUCCUAGGGCGGUGUUUUCCAAGGAACCUCGCCUGCCUCUGCCCUGCCUGGAGCUUGGCAAGGCGUUCGGGCACGCCUGGCAGCCUUGAGCUACGCGCCCCGGGCGCCCCAGAGCCGGGGCUUCCCUCGGCUCUGGAAGCCGCCGGGAAGGGCCGAGGGAGGCGGCCAGGAGGAGGAGGAGGAGGAGGAGGGGCUGGAGGCGGAACUCCCCCGGGGAAGGGAAGCCGGUAAGAGCCGCUCCGUGAAAGUCCCUCUUAAUUCAGCUGAGCGAUCGGGGAAGUCCCGAUUUCCUUCCUCCAACCAACCUCCCAGGCUGGGCGAAGCGGCUGUCACCGCCGCCGACGCUGCCGCGGACUGGAGAAUCGGCUCGAGGGCGCCCCAGGGAGACCCCACCUCUGCCCACCGACCCUCCUGCCGGGAGUGGGGGGGGGAAGCUUCUGCCCAGCCCUUCCCCCCCUCUUUCCCACCCCCCUCCCUCCUCUGAGAAAGCAAGCAAAAGGAUGACUUGGCAAAGGCAGAGGCGAGACGGUCGGGAGGCGUUGGACGGGUGACUCCCUUCGCAGGAAUCCGGGCAAGAGAUCCAACGAGGUGCGGGGAGGGGGGGGAAGAGGGGGAAGAAGCUCGGAAGAGGCAUUCGGGACCCCCACCCACUCACCCUCCGCUCCGUUGGUUGCAGCAGAUCCGGGAAUCCACCGGAGAGGGGCUGCCCGCUGUGGGCUCCCCAGGAAAAGCGCCAACUCUCAGGAGGGUCCGCUAGGGAGCGGGGGCGCAUGGUGGCCCCUGGGUCGCCAUGGUGGCCUCGAGGGGGUCGUAGUUGGACCACCGAGCCGCGAUGCUCGGCGAAGGAGGACACUGCUAUCCCGUUCUUCUUUCCAUCAGCUGAAAACCGUGCUUCUUUGCUUUGAAGCGGGCAGACUUUUUUGGAAGGGGGGAGAAGUGGGGGGCGAUCCGGAGCUGGACAGCGUAAAGAGAGGUCGGCCUUGCAAAGAUGGGGGGUUGAGAGGUGGCUGCUCCCCACCCCCCACCCACCCCUACCCCCACCUGCCUCUAGGAGGAGGCGCCUCUUUUCAAAAAAAAAAACAACCUGAAGGAACCUGGGACAGGUAAGCCGUGCGUGGCUCACCUAUUUAACAGUAGCAGAGUUGGAAGGUACCUGGGAGGUCAUCUAGUCCGACCCCCUCGCUCACGCAGGAGACCUAUACGCGGGAUUCGAACCGCCUCGACAAGCUCAGCGCCUUAGCCGACGGAGCCACCUAGCCAGGGGCGGUUCACCUCUUUGAACCGAGCAUCCAGGAAGAUGGCUGGAGAGUUUCCUGUGGACCUGCGCACCUGGCGAAAAGACGGGGGCCAAGACAAGCAACCCCCCUCCUCGCAGGUCGGAGACCCUCCUCGGAUUCCUUCGGGCCACCAGGUGCCUCGCUGCGUUUCUUCGGGAGCCACCGUGCUGCGGGAACCCGUCGCCAGAGACGCUCCGAUGGGUCAGCCUGACCUCCGGCUGAGGACUCAAGACGCAGCGUCCCCCAGAGGUGGGCUGCAGGAAGACAAAAAACCCGAGAUGUAUUUACCUCUGAGGAAGCGCCGUUAUGCCAUGGAAGGGGCAAACGGGGACACGCCGGGACCUCUGGCUGGCAAAGUCCCCAAGACGGAGAGUGGGCAGGAGGGGAACGGUGCCCGGUCACCCCACUGCAAUGGCUACCACCCUUGUUAUGUCUCCAUGCCCUACCCCAGGGUACCAGUAUCCUAUUAUCCAGGUCUGGCCAGUCCUUUCUUGAACCCAGAACUCCCUCCCCUUUUGCAACCUUUGACCGGGCCAUCACUACUAGGAAUCCUGCCUUCUUAUUCCUUGAUGCCUCCAGCAGAAACUCAGCUGGCUUUGAACAUUGCCACGGCAACGCAACAAGAUGAAGAUGGAGACACGCCACUCCACAUUGCUGUAGCUCAGGGGAACCUGCUGGCUGCUCAGCAUCUGGUGAUUCUUUUCCACCAUGGACAGCGGGAGCUGGAUAUUUUCAACAACCUACGACAGACCCCUUUACAUUUGGCGGUCAUCGUAGCUCAGCCUUCCCUGGUGAAACUCCUGCUGUCCCAUGGCGCAUCUCCCAUGGUGCUGGACCGGCAUGGACAAACCGCUCUGCAUCUGGCUUGCGAACACAGCAGCCUCCGUUGCCUGCAGGAGUUGCUGGAGGGAAGUCCCGCCACACUGGAUCUGGAGGCCCGGAAUUUCGAAGGUUUUACCCCGUUGCAUUUAGCUGUUGCAUCUUGUAGCCGGGACAUCGUUCUUGCUUUGCUGGAUCACGGGGCAGAUGUAGAUGCUGUGGACAUAAAGAGUGGCCGAUCGCCGCUACUUCAUGCUGUGGAGAACAAUAAUUUGGAUAUGGUGGAGUUGCUACUACAGCACGGCGCCAACGUGAACGCCCAAUCCUACGGGGGCAAUACGGCACUCCACACGGCUAGCGGAAGGGGCCUGCUGGACAUGCUGCGUCUUCUGGUGAGGAACGGGGCGGAUGGCAGCCUGAAAAAUUACCACAACGACACUGCCUUGAUGGUAGCAAAGAACAAAAGGGUGAUCGACAUCCUGAGAGGAAAAGCGGUUCGGCCUAUUCCGCACCCUGAAAACAGCCAUGAUGGAUCGUCCCCCUCAGUCAGCGCUGCGAGCUCUCCUGGCCUUCGGACCCACAGCCACAUGCUCCACGCUUCACCUGACUCCUGCUCCACCAUCCCCAGCCCUGACCAGACCCCAAAGCCUCACAGAGCAAGUCAUUCUCCCAACACAGCCACUCUGAGGCCAGAAAGCAUUAUCGUGACCAAUGGACCUUCAACCUCUGCCCCGUUGCCUGGCGUGGAAUUGGACAGAAGUUCCCAUUCAUCCACCCUGGAGCAGCCGAUGGGCUUUCCGAGAUCCUCCAAGCUUCUCCAUCACGAGAACAUGACUGAUCCUGCCUUCCACACUGCCUUGUACCCCUUUUCUCCUCCCAGCCCUCAUGUCUCCUCCCAUCCUCUCCAGUUGCUUCCCAUGAGCCUGAACCAUCCCGUCAUAUCCAUGCCCCCAAGGACCCUGGCCAGUCGGAUGUCCAUGAGGUACCCAGGGAUGGACCAGUCACAAAGGCUACCGGACUCGGAAGGCCCGGCAGGUCUUGGCUGCGAAGGGCAGUGGCUGCAAAGCAGCGACGGCGGCCCUGGUGGCAGCUGACGAGAGGAAGUCCAGAGGCCUUCAGCUGCUUUGUGGGAUGGGAAGAUUUCUCAAGGACCAUUUCACAAGGCAGAAGAAUGAGUCAAGGCGUUGCUGCCGCCGUGGGUUUCCAGCCUGACAUUUCUCCAUGCUUGCUGCAGACUUGAAACUACCUUCCAUUUUCAAAUUGACAUGUAGCAGAGCCCAGCAGCACGUUGAGAGUAUAUCUGCCGAAUAUGACUCCACGUUGGCGACAGGGAGGGCAUCUGGCCAGUAAACACUCGGCUCCGUUCAGUUGCCCAGACAGACUCUACCCCACAAGGGAUUAUGGGGUCGUUAAAAGACGAUGAUGUAGCAAAGCCCAGCCAACGUGAGAUGACCCUUCAGACGUCGAAAACUCAACAGUGGCCUUCUUCAUCCAGCAGCAUUUCCCAAUCUCUUUGAAUGUACCUCACACCACUGUCUAAGCAGAAUCUGGCUUGGACCCAUUUGGGGGCGAGUGUUCAGGGGACACGCGAUGGCACACAGUGAUUAAAGACACAGAGUUUGUCAGCUGGGAAACUGACAGGUUCGAGACCCGAGCACCGCACAAUGCGUGUGCUCCCGUUCCUUGCUCCAGCUCCUGUCCACCUUGCCGUUUGAAAGCAUGCAAAUGCAAGUAGAUAAAUAGGUACCACUUUGGUGGGAAAAAUAACAGCCUUCCAUCCGCUUUUGUCAUACAGCUGUGCUGGCCACAUAACUACGGAAAAUGUCUUCAGACAACGCUGGUUUCCUUGGCAACAGAGAUGGGCACCGUGCCCUAGAGUCGGACACGAGUGGACAGGGAAAUUUUAUAUUUUGUUCAGGGAUCAUGUUUUAGCACAAGGAAGGGGCCGCUGUGAAAUUCAAAGCCAAUCCACUUCUCUCAGCUGAGGGCCAGAUGUGACUUUUGACAAAACGCUGGAAGCGUCGCUCGAGUGGGGUAAACAUCCAACGAUGGUGUUCUUUGUAUUUAAUAGGCAUUAAUUUAACUUGAGUGAAGUUAGUACGGUUGCUCCGCAUGUAUUUAAGCCUUGGGGCGUGUAUUGUAUUAGGGAUUGCAAUAUGUUGAUGGCACCUUCUAUGGGGUUUCGGGGGGGAGGCGUUUACAGGUUGAAUUGUGUACAGGGACAUCUACAGUUGGGGUGAGAGUUGGCAGACGUGAGACUCUUCCCCAAGGCACCCCAAAUUGCACGAGUGUGUACAGGUAGUCCUCGACUGCAACUGAGCCCGAAAAAAUUCCUUUGUUAAGUGAGACAUUUGUUAAGUGAAUCUUGCCCCCAUUUUACGGCCUUUAUUGUGAAGCGAAUCACAGCAGUCGAUAACUCGGUUGUUAAGUCAAUCUGGCUUGCCUCUUGACUUUGUUUGUCAGAGGGGAUCAUAUCACACACACACACACACACCUGGGACACUGUGACCGUCAUAAAUAUGAAUCAGUUGCCAAGCAUCCGGAUUUCGGCUGCAGGAUCAUGGGGAUGCUGCAAAGGUCAGAACGGUGAAACGUGGUCAUAAGCAAUGAUGGAAUUCAAUUUUUUUUACUGCUGGAUCUGUGGCCGUGGUUUGGUGGGCGUGGCAGGGGAAGGAUACUACAAAAUCUCCAUUCCCUCCCCACUCCAGGGGAAGGAUUCUGCAAAAUCCCCAUUCCCUCCUCACUCCAGGGGAAAGAUACUGCAAAAUCCCCAUUCCCUCCCCACUCCAGGGGAAGGAUACUGCAAAAUCCCCAUUCCCACUCUGGGGCCAGCCAGAGGUGGUAUUUGCCAGUUCUCCGAACUACUCAAAAUUUCCACUACCGGUUCUCCAGAAUCUGUCAGAACCUGCUGAAUAGCACCCCUGGUCAUAAGUCACGUUUUCAGUGCUGUUUUAUCUUUGAACAGUCCCUAAAUGAACUGUUGUAACUUGAGGACUACCUGUAUUUAACACACAUAGCAUUUGGGGAGGUGGGAUCAAGAGCCAAUUCCUCAUCCCAGCAUCAAGUGGGACAUUUUGAUAGACGAGGAAAGUGAGAGUGAUCAAUUAGGAAACUAGGCAUUCCCGGAGUAAAAAUCCUAUUUUCUUUAAACUCCUUUAUUUUAAUUCUCCCCCUCCCCCAAUAAGUUGAUUACUUUUCACUGUCCUUGUUCUUAUCCACUUUCAACAUGAUUGAAAUUAAAACAACCAGCAGUAGCUGCAGCUAAGGGCCCAUGAAAGAAAGAAAGACCUCAAGAGAGAGUUCAGAGAAGAUCAGCAAAGAUUAUUCGGAAGUCUGGAUGAAUUACAAUAGUGGCCAAAAUUGUAGAAACCUUUUGGGAAAAGUAUAUUUUUGAGGUUUGAUGGCUAAUAACAGCACUUUUUUUUUUCUUUUGAGUUUCAAGAUAAUCCUAUUCCAUUGCUGGAAUGGCCUGGGAAUAGCCCAGACCUUCACCCAAUUGAAAAUCUAUGGAGCCCACUAAAGAAACUUGUUAGUCAGAAGCGACCCAGGAAUAAAACCUAGUUAAUAGAAGCCAUCAUUCAAUCUUGGUUUCACAUGAUAACAGCUGCAGAAGUAACAGACUUGGUUCACUCCAUGGGAAGACAUUGUAAGGUCGUAAUUCAUGCUAAAGGUUACUCAACUAAGUAUUAACUGACAUGGCGAUCCAUUUUUGUAUAUCCCAUUUUUUCUACAAUGAUAAUUUUUCUAUAACUUCUUUUUUCUACAUGUUUCACUUUUCUUCUUUAUACUGUAACUGCUAUUCUAAUAGCGAAUCCUUCAUAAAAGUUAUUGCAUUACAUUCUUGAUGAAAUUAUCUCUCCAUCGAUAUAUAAUUUUAGGGUACUACUCCCCCCAAAAAAGUGGUGUUAUUAGCUAGUUUUAGAAAAUGCACUUUUCCCAAAAGGUUUCCACAAUUUUGGCCACUACGGUAUAUGAUGAAUGGCUGAGGGGAUUAGAUACAUCUAGUCUAAUAAAGAGAAGGACUAGGAGUGAAAUGAUAGCAGUCUUCCAAUAUCUCAGGGGCUGCCACAAAGAAGGGGGGGCGGUCAACCUAUUCUCCACACAGCACCUGAAGGCAGGACAAGAAGCAAUGGGUGGAAACUAAUCAAGGAAAGACGCAACCUAGAACUAAGGAGAAAUUUCCCGACAGUUAGAAGAAUUAAUCAGUAGAACAACUUGCUUCGAGAGGUUGUGGAUGCCCUCCAUCAUGGAGGUAUGCAAAAAGAGACCAGACAUCCAUUUGUUCUGGAGUGUUAGAGGGCAGGGGUGUCAAAUUCAAGGGAUCCACCCUGCGGGGUGCUUAGAUCUGGCCUGCGGGCCCACCCUGGAAACAGCAAAGGACCGGCCCGCAGUGACUCUGCUAGUGAAAACAGAGUUCAGGAGAGCCCCACGCGGCCCGCCCAGGCUCAGUUUUCGUUGGCAGAUGGCUGCAGGAGGCCGUCGUGACCAAAAACGGAGCCUGGGUGGGCCCUGUGCAGCUUCCCUGGGCUCUGUUUCCGCUGGCAGAUGGCUGCAGGAGGCCGUCGUGGCCAAAAACGGAGCCCGGACGGGCCAUGCGCAGCCUCCCUGAGCUCAGUUUUCGUUGGCAGAUGGCUGCAGGAGGUUGUCGCGGCUGAAAACGGAGCCUCGAUGAGUGACGUCAAGCUGGCCACACAAACCCUGGCCACCCACACACACCCUUUGCCCCCGCCAGGUCAAACACAAUCCUGAAGUGGCCCUCCAUGAAAUCGAGUUUGACACCCCUGGCAUAGGGUGUUCUGUUUGAGCAGAGGGUUGAACUAGAAGACCUCUAAGGUCCCCUUCCAACCCUGUUAUCCUAUACGCUAUGAGUCCCCCUUGAAAUUGCUAAAGCUGCCAGCGUCGGUGGCGCUGUGUCUCCGACCGAUGGCAAGACUGUGAAUUGCAACAGCCGUGAGACAAAAUGGAGCCAGAGCCAGGAGGAAGCUCGACUCUUUCGAAGUUGAUCUUUUCCCCGAGAAGAACCAGGAAGGCUGACUCAUUUUUUCUCAGUUCUCCCGGCUCUUUCGUCACCCGCAAGGUUGAAGAAAUCAGGUUGAGCUGAAAUUGGAAUGGGGGAAGGACCAGCACGAUAAAAACGUCUGGAAAAGUAGGGGAGACUUGGGGGAUUUCCAAAAAAACCCCGGUGAAGUGGAAUAUUGGGUGCAUUCAAAGCCAUGAAAUUUCAGAAACUCCCAAGCUACCAUCCUAGUCAUCGGAGGAAGUUGUAGAGCUGGAGUGUGAGUCAGUGCGGUUCCGAUGAUUGGAAAAGAAUUUUUUUAAAAGCCACCGGAAUGGCUGUCCAUAGGAGAAACAAGGACGCCAUGAUAUAAAGCCAGUGACAUCUUGAACACGGCGUCCAUUUUGUAUGCCGGGGAUUCUAGAGCAGGGGUCUCCAACCUUGGCAACUUUAAG